AUGACAGAUGCCUUGGACUUGGUGGUUUUGCGGCCGGGACUCAUACCCUGCUCUCGCCUCCUGAUUACAAGCGACAUCCCCGCAAUUUUUGCAGCCUCUCCCCAGGGUCUGAGGCAGGGGUUAGCCCCGUUCUGUUUGCAGCUCUUCGAGCGGCCUCGUCCUACUCGCAGAGCUCCCGCGGGGGACGAUCCGCCCGUUUUGGUCGCUCUUCUUCUCACCGUGCCCUUCUUCCCCGCAGUGAAAACCCGCACGAAAGACAAGUACCGCGUGGUGUACACGGACCACCAGCGGCUGGAGCUGGAGAAGGAGUUUCACUACAGCCGCUAUCUCACGCGGAGGCGCAGGGUCGAGAUCGCGCACAGCCUCUGCCUCUCCGAGCGCCAGAUCAAGAUCUGGUUCCAGAACCGGCGCAUGAAAUGGAAAAAAGAUCACAAGUUACCAAAUACCAAGAUCAGGUCUAAUUCCUCGAGCUCCUCGGGCAGCCUGCAGCUACAGCAAGGAGCUUCCCAAAGCCGAUCCAAUGGACCAGCCAGCAGCCUAUAACUGUUCCGUGUGUGGAUGAGAGCGUGUCUGUGGGUA